CUAAAUACGUUUUCGGUUUCCAGACGGCAACUGAUAGUCUUUUGUCAACAAACGUGAGACCGUGGUGCACCAAGCACCAAAUGCUGGUUCGAAUAGUUGUCUCUCUUUAUCCAUUCCAUUCUCUUGUUAAUCAGAUACAGUGAAACUUUAUACAGUUAAAACGUUAUACAUCUUUAUAAACUACUCUACUUAUAGACUGAGAAGUUGUAUAUAGGUGCAUGAAUAUUAACAGGCAUUUGAUGUGUUUCUGCAUAAACAAAGAUAAGUACUUAUCUACUAUAUUUAACACAGCGUACGUUAUACAGCUGCCUACGUAAUACAUAAUAAUAUAACCAUGCCUAGAUGAUUACCAAAAUUAUUUAAUAUUAUUAUCGGUUGGCAAUUAUUGAAUUGUUAAGAUUAUGGCUAAGCUUUGCUGACCUACACUAAAAUAUCGGAAGUUUAAUAAAGAGGGCCGGAGCUCCUUAAGAGUUAGAAUGAAAUGAAAAUAGCAAGAGCAGAGUCGCGAAGUUCCGCUAAAUAUAGCUGGGCGGGCGGAGCGCGGCGCAGUCGCAACUAAUCGUCAGUGCCCGAGCACGACCUCGCUUUGUUCACAAUCACGAACCGCGCGCGAUCUCUAUUGUUUAUCCAAUCACUCCAUAACCCAGCUUUGGACUCCAUCUACAAAAAUACUCCCUUUUUGUAUAUUAACUAAUGAUUUUUAAAAUCCUUACAAAUAAUUCCGGAAGGCGGAUUACUCUGGACAUCGUCUAGACUGCUUUUGCUCCAUAAAAUGUUAAAUUGAGGUUAAUAUGUUCUAGUUUGAAGUAGACACAGAUUUGUUACUCUCGUUUGAUUCAUCACUCAAAUCGUGUGUUUUUAGAUCAGUGACAUCAAGAGGAUGAAGCUUGAGACAAGUUAAGUGAUUAUACUCAAGGGUUCGUACGAGAUCGAUCUUAAAUGUAUAACACAGGUGCGGCAACUCUUAUUUUGGGGUGAUGAACAACGACACAGCGGUGGAGGGUCGCCCUCGUCCAUUGUCUUCGGGUAUAUGGACGUUAUUCUCGUGGUUGCGUCGCGACGAGCGGUCUGCCUCUAGUGAGAGUCUUUCUAGCGCUGGAUCAGAUCGCACGGUUGCAAGCUUUGCAUUCCUGACACCGGCGCACUUCACAACUAAAACAGGGCCCAUAGUUGUAGCACCGCCAGGUUCGCCUACUGAUUCGUAUAAGAGAAGAGUUCACGAUAGAAAUUUACGACGUCACCACGAUCGGGAUAUAACACUUCACCGAAAAUACGGUUUAUUUAAGAGUGAAAUAACGAACAGCUACGACGCAUUCAGUUUGCCACCAUUAAGAAGAAUCAACGGGGAGCCUGGCUCUAGAUGGGAUCGGGACAGGCGUGCCACAAGCGAGUGUUACCAACGUCGACUAGCGCACGUUCCUGGGAAACGACGCGCGCCUCUGCCGCCUAUACCAGCAGCCUCUUUGAAAACAUCUGCCGGGCCUACAUCUCUGUCACGUCGCAGCACUAGAAAACGACGUGCUCCUCAACCGCCGGUGAAACAUUUAGAGAAGAAUAAGGAUAAUCUUAAAGACGGUCAAGUCAGUGUCACCGUCUCUCCAAUGAAUUCUAAAGUCUGCGACGAUCCUAAGUUGACUAACAAUCACGUGAACAUGGGGUGCAAAUCAGAAAAAUAUUGUAAAAAGGAAGCGACUUCUAAAGAGACGAAACAUAGAACUGAAAGAAGUUUUUUAAAACAAAUAUUUGACAGCAAGAAGAGAAAUUCAGCAAUAGAUACAGCUUCUGUAAAAAUACUGCCUAGUAUAAGCGAGUUAGAUAAACAGGCAGCUGAAAUAAUAGAAAGUAGCAAAUCAAAAUCUUCCGAGCAAAAUAAUAAUAUUACGUUGGAAAAUAUACUUUCUCAACAUACAAAGCAAGGCGAUUCGUGGUUCUGCAUCCGUUGUUUAAGAAAAUAUGACUCAACAGUAGAAACAUGUCAUUACUGCUUACCCGGUCACAAAAUUCAGUCAUCAGCUAAAACAAACCAUGGCAGAACAGGAUUAUACAAAGCUUCCAACAGUUCUACGCAAACGGAAAAAAAUACUUCUAAAUUAGUGCCACAAGAAUCCGAAGAAAAACAAAAACUGAAAGAAAUGUUAAAGGAAAUGAAAGAUUCGCUUCCGAAACGACCAAAACAUGACAAUAAGUCAGAACGAAAGGCAAACAUACCAGAAAACGAUGGGAGUCUUACAUAUUCUACAGAAACUCCUACUCUUCGUGUUGGAGCCACGAUGCAGGAUGAAAAGAAAUUAUUUUUUAUUUCUCAGCCAUCGACAUCCAAUAUAAAUUCUACGCCAGAAGUAAAAGUAACGAAUAAACCGUAUCUGGUGUCUCCGCAAAGUGUUUUGGUAUCACAGGUCAUCUCAGCUUAUAAGAAAAAUUUGAAUAACAAUUUGACAAUAGGUGACCAGCUUGCAAAAAACAAUGAUAAUACUAAUAAAGUACAAGAACUCAAGAGUGUUCACAACGAUUCUAAAGUGCCUAUGGGUGGGCCAAAAAAAGUUAUAGAACAUAAGUCAAAAGACAAAAACAUUUUGCACACACCUUUAAAAAUUUCAUCUUUGCUAAAUCCAGUGUAUAUUCCUAAAAACACAGUAUCAGAGCCAUUACAGUUAAUAAAUAAUUCACAACUUGAAACAAAAAAUAAGGAAUCCGAUAAAAUAUGUCAAGUACCCAAAACACCAAAAGAAAAGGCAGAAGUUCAUACCACAUCUGCUGAAAUUUUAGCGGUUCCUUCGACAUCUCGCGAUAAUAUUUUGAUUAGUAAUAUUCUCAACCUAGAAAGAAAGAAUGCCGACAAUCUACAUACCAAGAAAACAAUAAAAGAAAAAACACCGCCUUCGACGAGUAAAAAUUCACUACAAACGGUGACAAACGAUGUAAAAGAUGCCUUAGGGUCAAAACUUAACAAUAGCAAUCAAUCAAAAUUACCUAUACUUACGAAGGAUCAGAAUUCACCGAACAUUUUAGAAACACAAAAUCAACAUGCGAGACGAAGGGAACUUAUUAACCAACUCGAGAAGUCAAUAGCUAAAGGAGAUGAACGUGCAGCAGCUGAAGCUGCUGCUAAACUAGCUCAGUUACGCUUGUCUUGUUCUGUAUUAUCAUUUUCUUCGCAAAUACUGUCACAACCAUCUACAUCUAGCAAUGCUAACAAUAUAGUCAAAAUAAUAGAAGACAGAAAACAACCAAAAAACGAAAAAGCUGUGAACGACCUUAAAUCGGCAACGGAAGCUGCGCCACCGAAAGUAACAACUAAUGAUGCCGGUCCUAGUUCCAACAAAACUAAUGCGUUGAUAACAGCUAAUAUGCCAGUUCAAAAAGAAGGAAAUUCAAAUUUAUUGCAAAAAGAUCAAGCCUUAAACAAAGAUGGAAAUGAUAAAAAAAUUAUAUCAAUUGCUGUAUUGGUUGAAGACAGAGAGGCUACAAGAGGACCUGUACAUUUACGCAUUAACAGACAUGCAUUGAUGAAAGACCUUCGACGGGAAGCUGAGACGACACUUGGGUUAGCAACCAACUUGCAGCGAUGGAUUGUCGGACGAACCCUUUGCGUCGAUGAUAACACACCUAUUAUAUCACUCGCUGGCCCCGGGUUCAAUGCACCAUUUUACUUAUGUGUAGUAGAUUCAGAAACGAGAGUUGAUACGGCUUCUCAAUCCAAAAUUAACGCAGCGACAGGGAUGAAUAAAACAGAAAAUUUAGAAAACAAAACCGGUGACGUAUAUACAGAAUUAGUUCAGUUGGAGCAACAAGCUCUCGUUCCUAAUGCGGAAAGUUUUGAAUGUGGAAUAUGCAUAGAAGAAUAUCCACCAGGGCAAGGUGUGGUAUUGCGCGAAUGCGUACACAUCUUCUGUAAAGAGUGCUUAGCUGAUGUUGUGCGUCAUUGUGAAGAACCCAAUGUACCAUGUCCGGCUAUGGGAUGUAAAGGGAUGCUUCAAGAAAGAGAAAUCCGAGCUCUUGUAACUCCACAGGAUUAUGAACGUUGGUUAGCACGAGGAUUAGCUGCGGCAGAAAGUGGCACACGGAAUGCAUUUCACUGUCGCACUCGUGAUUGCAAAGGGUGGGCCCUUUGCGAACCCGGUGUUCGACGUUUUCCUUGCCCUGUUUGUAAAUGCAUCAACUGUGUACCAUGCAAGGCUAUUCACCCAGGCGAAACCUGUGAACAACAUCGCGAAAAAUUAAAACAGACUAACAUGAAAAGUGUGAACACUAACGAGACGGAUGAUGGAACUAGAACGUUACUGAACUCUUUAAUCAGAAAAGGCGAAGCUCUGGAGUGUCCUGAAUGUAGUGCCAUAAUAACGAAGAAAUGGGGCUGUGACUGGGUUAAGUGCUCAGCUUGCAAAACUGAGAUAUGUUGGGUCACGCGAGGCCGGCGUUGGGGCCCUGGAGGCAAAGGUGAUAUUACUGGUGGCUGCCGCUGUGGUGUGGAUGGCAAGCGCUGCCAUCCUUCAUGUGGUUAUUGUCAUUAGUUAUUAGCAUUGUUUGUAUUUAGAAUGUAGCAAAGAGUAUCCUCUUUGACAUCAACAUAAACUCAAGGGUAUGUAAUUAAUACCUUUCAAUCAUUAAAUAUAACACUCAAAGCUAUUGUUUGACUUAGGUUGUCAGGGACAUAUUAAAAAAAAACUGCCUGUUACCUGCUGUAAUAAUUAAAAUGCACUAACAGACAAUUAAAUAGCUAAAUGUAAAUAUAUAGCUGGAUUCAGAUCAAUAAUAUUAUUGACAGUGUUGUUAUUUAUAUAAUGAUU